AUGGCGUACGAUCGAGAUGAAUUCAUCUGUCUUAUGACAGAUUACUACAACUUCUGUAGCUGUGUCUUCUGGGAGGCGGAUACCCCUCUCGUGCAGGCUCCUGCUGGUGGCUGGCCUUCGAUCACCCAGGAGACCUUUGGCCAGCCUCUAGAGGAGCGAUACUUUGAUCGACCUACUCUUCAACAUGCCCUACAUAUCCGCGAGGGCGAGAUUGAAGGCGUUGCUCCGUCAUAUACUGGGCAAGACCCGGCGAUUCCACCUUCUUGCGCCGCCAUCGCGAUCAGCAGGGGCAGGAACGGUUAUGAUGUUAUCCUGGAUACCAACGACGGCUGCAUCUACUGGGGCGACCUGAACGGCCAGUAUGAUGAGGCGAAUGAGUGGUGCCGGUAUGGUUUCAAUGUGUACGAACUUGCUGACUUUUUUGCACUCUGCAAGGAGCGGUACCGGAAGCUAAGCUGGAUCGGCACUGGAUUCUACGAUAAGCUGGCUAGGAAGAUGAAGAAGGCAGGCUGGCCUGGCGAUGGGGAGGGGCGGUGCUGGAACCGGGCCAAGUUUGACAUGCUUCUCAGUGGUGAGUAUUGUCGUCUUUGCAGUGAGGGUUUUGAAACAUCAGAUGACAAUCGUGAGUGGCUGUCACGGUUUUGCAGGUAUCUGGAGCAUCUCACGUCGUGUCUUCCAACGAUGAGGCAUGUCAGUGAGCCUGUUUUCUCUCAGGAAGACCUGUGUCGCAUCAGGGACUCUGAUGCUGAGUUGUUUGCGGCACUACAUGUGGAAGGCAAUGUUGAUGAACAAAGAAAGAUUGGGCUGCAUUCACCUGAGGAUAUUCUCCACUUGAUCUAUGGCCUUUUGGAUUAUAGUGACAUGGAAAGCUUGCAGUACGCCAGAGGUGUUAUUCCAAGCCCUGCAUUCUGGUUCGAGCGCGGGCGCAUGUACCGCGACUUUUAA